GCCGGGGCUGAGGCCGAUCGCGUCGGGCGGCGGGCGCGGCGGCCCCGCGCAGCCAUGGACUGGCUCAUGGGCAGGGGAAGUGUUUUCACGGAGAAGCUGUGGUGGAGUCUGGGAGCCCCUUGGAUGGCGAAGCUGAAGACAGCAGAGGUGGCCUGGAGGCUGGAGGUGUAUUUAGAAGCAGCUGGACACCCCUUCAUGUCUGAUCUGAGUCUGGAGGAUUAGUCCGAGCAUGUGGGAUCAUAGCACUGUCCACUGAGACCCAGGCGCAGUGGAGGGCGUCAUCCUGCACACGAAGCCUUGACAGCUUUCCGCAUCCACUGUGGAUGUCCCCUUCUGCCACCCCCCACACUGGGUCCUCAGGACCCCAGCAGGAAGUCCAAAGCCAAGCCCAAUGGCAAGAAGCCUGCUGCGGAGGAGAGGAAGGCCUACCUGGAGCCUGAGCACACCAAGGCCAGGAUCACCGACUUCCAGUUCAAGGAGCUGGUGGUGCUGCCCCGCGAGAUCGACCUUAACGAGUGGCUGGCCAGCAACACCACGACAUUUUUCCACCACAUCAACCUGCAGUAUAGCACCAUCUCGGAGUUCUGCACAGGAGAGGCAUGCCAGACCAUGGCCGUGUGCAACACACAGUACUACUGGUAUGAUGAGCGGGGGAAGAAGGUCAAGUGCACGGCCCCGCAGUACGUUGACUUCGUCAUGAGCUCCGUGCAGAAGCUGGUGACGGAUGAGGACGUGUUCCCCACAAAAUACGGCAGAGAAUUCCCCAGCUCCUUUGAGUCCCUGGUGCGGAAGAUCUGCAGACACCUGUUCCACGUGCUGGCGCACAUCUACUGGGCCCACUUCAAGGAGACGCUGGCCCUGGAGCUGCACGGACACUUGAACACGCUCUACGUCCACUUCAUCCUCUUUGCUCGGGAGUUCAACCUGCUGGACCCCAAAGAGACCGCCAUCAUGGACGACCUCACCGAGGUGCUAUGCAGCGGGGCCGGCGGGGUCCACAGUGGGGGCAGCGGGGAUGGGGCCGGCAGCGGGGGCCCGGGAGCACAGAACCACGUGAAGGAGAGAUGAGCCACCCGGGCUGGACAGGGGCGCACGUGUGCAAAAAGACGGUGGUGUGUGUCCUCUCCUGCAUCUGCGUGUGCACACAUGUGCUUGGCACGCGUGUGGUGAGGUCUGAGAGGGCCCCGGGCUGCGCUGGCGUGGGCUGCACAGACGCAGACAGCCCCGGCCACGUCCUGUGGCCCCCUGUCGGAUGGAUGCGUGCCGUUUGUAGAGAAGAGCCUUUGGGCCCGUUCGCUCGUUCAGCAGACACGCGUGGACUGAAGCUUUGAGUUUUCUUCUGUGGGGUUUUCCUUUCUCUGGUCUCCGUGCAGCCCCUGCCCUCCCUCGGGUGCUGCUGGCCUCAAAGGAGGAACUUGGUGGGGGCGUCUCCCCCAGGAGGGUGUGAUUUGCAGACUUGGGUCUCUGCUCUGCUUUGGGGGUGGGGCUUGCUUUCACAGAGACCCCUCCUUCCCUCUCACCCCCUCCUCUCCUGGCCUUGCCAGGAGUCUUGGCUGUUGGCAGCUCAGAGGUGGGGGAGGCCUGUGGUGUGGGGUGCCCUGCACCUGCUCCUGUCGCCCCUUCCUGCUGCCUCCUCCAUGCCCAGGGAACGCCUAUGGUGCAGUCCUCAGGCAAGGCCAGGACGGGGCUGAGGCCCUGCGUGGAGAUGCUGCACCAGCAGAAGGCUGAGACCCGCUUACCUUAGUUCAUCUGUUCACUCGUAAUAAAAAGAAUUCUCUCAGGUCA